CGACGAAGUCGCCGUGGGGCCAGGGCAUGUCACGUUCCCGAUGGGGCCUAGGAAUCCUUGACUGAAAGAUGAGGGGCUGGAUGGGGCAUGUGCAGGGCAGCCUUGACUCGGGUUUGAAAGUCAUCCUUUAAAUCCCUGGUAGCCAGUCACGUGGAACGUCUUCUCCCUUCCCCGUCCCCCAACUCACUAGAACCAAGCGCCCCCUCCGCCAAUUCUCACCCUCUCCGGACAUAAAAGUGGGGCGAGACGUUCGAGUAGCAGCCCUCUGUAGAGGGUGGAAGUGCUGAAUUCUGGCGCCGAGGUCGCCCAAAACGGUCCCGGGCUUCUCCCGGCCUCAGUCUCCCCAUAGGCGGGAAGAGGACGCCGGUCAAGGGGCUCUCCAAGCCCUCCCCUCUCUGACAUUGCGGGGCGCCCGUUGCGCCGUCACAGCUGCUCCUACCUGGGGAGGUGCGCCAGGGCUCGAGGGGCGGGCAGUCGGGGGGCGGGCGGGGAACGGGCACCGCCCCGAGCGCCCAGGCGCCUUUAAGGAGGAGAAACCGGCGGAGGGAGGAGCCGGUCCGGGUGUGUGCAGGGAAGCGCCUCGCUUGCGGUCUUGGAGGCUGGGGGCCAACGCUGCGGAGAUGAAGUCGCGGGCUGCCCCGCUUGGCUCGCGCUGCGACCUCGCCGCUGGCGCCUUGCCUCCUUGCCCUCCCAAGCUUCAGCGCCUAGGCGGCCCCCACCAGGGUGCCCCACUCCGGCACUAAGUGCCCUCGCCGCAGGCCUUCGGGCCCGCAGCCUCCUCUGUGCGCACGACCUCGACGGUUGGUCUCAGAGCAGCGAGAAGCCCAGACCAACUGCAAGCGUCCCAAUCCCAGAACCGCUUCCAGACCCCUUGACCGCCUUGCACCAGCGCACAAAGGACCAUUCGGCCCGCGACUGGGGCCCAGUUCCAGUCCCAGCGCCGCUGUUGGCACCUGGCCUCGAGUUCCAGAACACGAGCAGAGCCGUCGAUGGGCGGGACACGCCUGAGCCUCUGUCCGCGCUGAGCCAGCUCAGAAACCGCGGGCGCCAAGCCUCCAGCGCGCCCCUGCCGGGAAGGACCAGCUCGCGAGCACCCCCUGAGCUCUCCAGAUAGGAGCCCAGCAUCCAUUCCCGUGAACCCUGCUUCCCGAGCCCCGCAGCUCCCAUCCGCCCCGCCCCUCGACAGCAGCGGGCGGGCAGGGAAGCCCGGGGACGCGGGACGGCUGCGCCAUGACGGCCGAGAGCGGGCCGCCGCCGCCGCCGCCGCCACAGCCGGAGGCGCUGGCGGCCGUGAAGGAGGAGCGCGGUGAGGCGGGAACCGGGGUCCCAGCGGAGGCCGCCGGCCGAGGCGCGGGCGGGCGGCGGCGCAAGCGCCCCCUGCAGCGCGGAAAGCCGCCCUACAGCUACAUUGCGCUCAUUGCUAUGGCCAUAGCGCACGCGCCAGAGCGCCGCCUCACGCUGGGCGGCAUCUACAAGUUCAUCACCGAAAGAUUUCCCUUCUACCGCGACAACCCCAAAAAGUGGCAAAACAGCAUCCGCCACAACCUCACGCUCAAUGACUGCUUCCUCAAGAUCCCACGCGAGGCCGGCCGCCCGGGCAAGGGCAACUAUUGGGCGCUCGACCCCAACGCCGAGGACAUGUUCGAGAGCGGCAGCUUCCUGCGCCGCCGCAAGCGCUUCAAACGCUCGGACCUCUCCACUUACCCGGCCUACAUGCACGACGCGGCCGCGGCGGCUGCCGCUGCCGCCGCCGCCGCCGCUGCCGCCAUCUUCCCGGGCGCUGUGCCCGCUGCGCGCCCGCCUUACCCGGGCGCCGUCUAUGCAGGCUAUGCCCCGCCGUCGCUCGCCGCGCCGCCUCCGGUCUACUACCCCGCCGCAUCGCCAGGCCCAUGCCGCGUCUUCGGUUUGGUGCCGGAGCGGCCGCUCAGCCCAGAACUAGGUCCCGCAACGUCGGGGCCCGCGGGUUCCUGCGCCUUUGCUUCCGCUGGCGCCUCCGCCACUACCACCGGCUACCAGCCUGCCGCCUGCGCGGGGGCGCGACCUGCCAACCCCUCCGCUUAUGCGGCCGCCUAUGCGGGCCCCGACGGCGCUUAUCCGCAAGGGGCUGGCAGCGCCCUCUUUGCUGCUGCUAGCCGAUUAGCUGGGCCUGCCUCGUCCCCCACGGGUGGCAGCAGUGGCGGCGUCGAGGCCGCAGUGGACUUCUAUGGACGCACAUCACCCGGUCAGUUCGGACCGCUGGGGCCCUGCUACAAUCCUGGUGGGCAGCUCGGAGGAGGCAGUGGAGGUGCCUACCAUACUCGCCAUGCGGCCGCCUAUUCUGGCGGGAUGGAUCGGUUCGUAUCUGCUAUGUGAGCCGAGCAUACGCUCGAAAAGCAAUAGAUACCUCGGCUGUCCACACGAACUGAGUGUCCCUGAGACCUGAGGACAGGACUGGAGAAAAGCCUGAAUUGAGAGCCACGUGGAAGGAAGUGGGCAGGAAAGGCGCAGCCGUGGGGCGCAAUGCGUACACAGCCGGUUCGCUUUGUAGAUGGGAAGAGGCAGCUGAGGCCGACCACUGGGACAAAGGACCCUCAAGGAGGCGAAGCUCCACAGGACAUGACUUUAUGAAAUCUACCCGAGAGGGUCCUUGGCAAUAAAGGGGGCCCAGCAUAGUGCUAUAUCAGCGUGUAGGAUACGAAUCGUGGGGAGCCACAUGGCUUCACUCUUCCUGUACUGAGCGAAACUCUGGCCUUUUUACACGGUUAGGCCUUUUGGACCUUUAACUAUGUUACUACAGUAAGAGGCUCCCGUAGUACCUCUCUUCUCAAGGUGAGGAGGACAAGUUUGCAAAAGAAGUAACGCCUUUUUUUUUUUUUAAUGGGAGAAAUCUCUGCUUUGCUUACCUGGGUCUGGUUUCCCCUGCCUCUGAGACCUGCAGAUCUGACUCUGGGUCUGGACUGUCUUUCACCUCCAUAGUGUGACCCACUCCCAUUACCCACACCUUCAGUCUCCCCUUCUGUUAUACAAAAGGGCUGCAGGAUUUGACACUCUUAACAUAUGAUCUUGAAAGCCCCCAUCAUCUUGCAUGCUGCCCUAUAUACUUGGCGCAUCAGUGGGCCACCCAGGGCUUAACUGUAUUCCAAGGAAUCAGAACAGAGCAGCACAUGGCAAGCAGCUAACCUAAAGUCUCUCCACUAGCUCCAGGCAGUGAUUAUAUCAUAAUUUCGUGGAGCUUUUGAACACAAUGUAGUGAGCAUUUGGCAGUUAUUACCGUGAGGUCAUAAAUGCGGUUUUCCAAAGAGGCAAGGAGAAAGACAUUUGUCAGUUGUCCACUCUUUCUUUUCAUCAAGAAGCCAUGGACCCAAUGGGCAAGCUUCAGUUCAAAGAGAUGACAGGACUCAGAGGGGAACCCACUGGUGACAGUUUAUCAGACUGACUUUUCCAUCCCUGGCACCCUCUCCCAUACAUCAGCAACUUGCCCAUGCAUUAAAAGGAAAGAGAAAAAUUAAUUGGGGAGGUUGGUGAAGUAAACUUUAGAAAAAAACUUGAUUUUUAACUUUGUUUUGUCCAUUUGUUUUUAAGCAGCAAGCUGAUCCAAAUCAGACAAAAUCCAACUACUUCCCCACAUUUUUCUUGUGAAAUGUUUUAGUUUUAAUUCUAGAGUGAAAAUUUCCAGUGUUAAAUAUUUCAGAGGCUCAAUGUGCAGCUUUCAGAUAAACCUCCAUGUUCAGAUGAAACCUUUAAUAAAAAUCUUCGAGCAAGUGAGUUCUGGCAAGAGAAAUUUGGCCUCUUUCUGCGAAGUUAACUUGCUAGGGAAUGAUGGGGGGCUGUGUGAGAAAGAAGACUGAAAACCACUAGUAAUUUUUAUUUUCCAUUUUGGGGAUUGCACUAUCCUGUUCCCAUGAGUGUGAUUCAGUCCAGACGGGUGUUCGUCUAAAGCAGUGCUGUCUAAUAGAAAUAUAAUGUAAGAUACAUGUGUAAUUGAAAUUUUUCUGGUAGCUACAGUAAUGAAAUGAAAAGAAACAGGUGAGAUUAAUUUUAAUAAUAUAUUGUAUUUUACCCAAUAUACACAAACUAUCAUUGCAACAUAUAAUCAGUAUAAAAAUUGUGAUAUCU